CUAAGCGCUCUGUAUCUGGUUGGCCGCCAAUAACGUUCGUUGGCUUUGAAUGAGCCGCGCGGGCGACCAAUAUGGCUGCCACAUCGUGGAGCAGUAGUUCGUGUAUUACGAGUGACAUUGCUGAGAAGUUGAAAAAUAAUGUAGAGUUUACCACCAUAGGAUUAGACUCGAAAAGUUAUAUUGCCGUAGAUGAUACUUUGUUAUUAAUUUUGGAUGUAUCUGAACAGUGUAUUAUCAGUAUUAAUACCCGAUUUACUGGUAAAGCCAACGAUGAUAUCAAUCAUUGCAAAGCACAGACACUUAUAUUGACUAAUCCUCCUUGGUUUGAUGUGGAUAUUUUGACACUUAAUGUCACUGGACAGCUUUUGGCUUUAUGGGGUAGACGAGGAGUGGCAGUUGCUGAACUGCCUCGAAGGUGGGGUAAAGGUGGAGUCUUUGAAGGUGGUAAACCUAAAGUGACUUGCAGAUGUUGGCAUAUUGCAGAACAUUUCUUUGUGUGUAAUAAAAGAACAGAAGUUGCUCAUGUAGCCUGGCAUCCAGGAAGUGAGAGUGGUACACACCUUACUGUACUGAGUACAGAUAACUAUUUAAGAAUAUACGAAGCCACUGAUCCACAAACUCCAAUCCAAGCAUACAGUUUAGGCCCAUACAAAUCAAGCUUUUAUCUCAUGUCAUCCUCUCAAGCAUCUUUUUCAACAUCCCUUGGGGAGACUGCAGUGAGCUUUGACUUUGGACCAGCCUUAACAAAUAAUGAAUCGUCAGAGAAUGUUUCACAAGAGAAAAAAAUAUGGCCUGCAUUUGUACUCAAAGGAAAUGGAGAUAUCUAUGUAGUCAGCACGACUUUAAAAAACUCAAGCAGAGUAACGAAUAAAGUACAAGGACCAUUGACUAUGCACCCUCCAGCAGAGGAUAAUUAUGGAGUUGAUGCAUGCUCUGUACUGUGUCUACCUUCUGUACCUCCUGUUUUGGUCAUCGCCAUUAGUUCCAACAUUAUCUAUCACAGUGUGAUUUUAACUUCUGACAGUACAGCAAAAGAUGAUGAACGGUCAGAGCUGUCUUGGACUUCCACUGAUCAGACUAACUCGUUCAGAAAUCCAGAAUUAGGCUUGUAUGUUUAUGAAAGUGUUGAGCUUCCGCUGACACUGACGGAUGUGGACAGCCAAGAGGACUCUUCCUGUCCAAUUCGUCUUCAGAAAGAUCCUACAACGCACAUAAGAUAUCACUGUAGUCACAAUGCUGGUGUUCACUCAGUUGCUUUACCUCUAGUCUACCAACUGGAAAGAUUUGCAGAAAAAGAGGACAGCACAAGCGUUGUUCCUCUCCUGCAGGAGCAGGAGUGUAUAGUGGAACACCUAUUAUGUACCCGACCCCUGCCCAGUAGCCCUUCAGCUCCAGUACUUGGAUUAGCAGUUAUGGCAAGCACAACAGGAGCAUCACUGAUCUGUCUGCUGUCUACUUGGGAAUUUGUGAUCCUGCCUCUUGUGACUUCAUACCAUACCAAUAUUCCAUCUCUGCUGUCUUCUGAGCUAGGAGAAACCAUCCUUUCUCCAUUACAUCGGCUUCAUGGGGAGGGAUUCAAGCAACACAUUUACCAAAUGCUGCAACGAACAACCUCUACUCCACUGCUGAAAUAUGCUCAUCCUUCAGAUGGAACAGAACCAUCCCCUCAGCACUGUUUGGAAGUAUUGGGCCGUACCACACAACACCUCAGAGAAGAUUACAUCCAGCGAUUAGAUGGAGUUCAAGUGAUGAUUGAACGCAGGGUUAGAGCACUUAAAAACCAGAAAGAUCAACAGUUUGUAGAUAUAGAGCAGUGUUUAAAAGAAAAAGAGAUGUUGUGCCAUGAAGCUGAAAGACUGGCAGAAAAAUAUGACGAUACAUAUACACGGCAGCAAGAACUGGUUCUAAGAAUAGAGCAAGUGCUACAGCAGCUCCACAAACGGCUUCCUGUCUUGUCAGAUGCAGAAGUCGGUAUGAAACAAGAACUCCUAUCCUGUGAAGAAAAACUGAAAUGUUUCCAUAAUUCCCUGGAGCACAUCCACAUCAAGCAAAAGUAUCAGGCUGACCAGAUUAUUGCCAGUAAACAUAAAGCAGGCCCUGAGUUUAUGGACAGAGGCUCUUCAGCAGAUGUUGAUCAGUUGCAGCUUAAAAAACUAACAGAGGUGCUAAAGCAGCAAGGGAACUCCAUUGCUGAUCUGAUCAUGAAAAUUAAAAGUUUGAAAAAACAAGUUGGAGUGUAAUUUUUAAAAAUAGAAUAAUUAUUUCUUUUUGAAGAGAAAAUUGUUAAAUUUGUGUCAAAAUAUUAGAUGUAUUUUUAUUAAUUUUUUUUUUUCAGAUAAUUUGUGGAAGAUGAAAUAUGUUUAUCUGUGAAUUAAAAAUAUUCAAAU